AUGAGCAACAGGGUUCUGAAGGACUACGUGCGGCUCCAUCUGCAGCAGGUCGAGGCUGCCGACGCAGUCGCCAAUACCGUUGGCAACUUCCCGGCGCUCAACGAAAACCAAGCCAAGAUUCCCAAAGAGCCUGUGGCGUGGUGCCGUAGCUUGGAGCGAUGCUUGGCGUACACGUUCGAGUCCUACUGCAAGCUCGUGCUGUCCACGGCGAUGCAGCGUGCGCACGCCUCGCACAGCACCGAGAUAACACACGAGAUCGUCGAGCAAACGAUAGACCUGCUGUUUCCCCUGCCGCAUACGGAUAUCGCAACGUCUAAGGACAAGCGCCCCCACGACUUCGAACGCUGUCUGCGCCGGUACCGCGAGUACUUCGCGUGGUACCAACGGCAGGGGCAUCACAUUUACAACACCACCGGGAAGCGCAUGAGUAACCUGAGCCUCCACCGACUACAGUGGCGGCUUAGGGCCGCGGCAGCCAACCACGCGACUGAUGCGCAAGAAGCUGUGGAGGGGCGGUACGUAUACUCGGCGCCGCAGCACACGACCCCGCACAUACCGUUAGAUCAAGUGUUCGAGAGAUAUGUGCCAGAUUCACAUGAACCCGGCGAGCUCAGUGUGGAAUACGGAAGCACUCAUGGCCUCCUCUAUGGAGGGCCGCAUGUUGGGUUCGAAAGCGAGGAAUCUUGA